CGCGAAUGCCACCGCCGCCGCCGCGUCAGCAACAUGCUAUGAGCCACAAGCAGCCGCCACCUCCGACAAGCAACCGAGAUAGAUCUAAACCGAAAUCCAAGCCCAAAUCGAAAUCAAGAGCCAUAACCAAGUCCAAGACAAGCCCCAUUAAAAUCACUUGCAUUGCACUAAAUUCCCUUUUCCGCUCCGUGUUUCUAUUUUUCCUCAUUGUUUAUUUUUUUUUGAAAUUUUUUGCGGUGCGUGCAGCGGCAUAAACGUUUCCAAUUUGAACGCAACGCACACUUCUGCUCCGUGGAUAUAACAUACUAGUGGCAGGAAGAAGGUGGUGCUGUGAGCUCCAUAAAUCCCCUCUGGGUACAAUAAAAUCGGCAAAAGUAGCAGAAUGCAUUCCACGGCAUGCGGCGUCGGUGCCUCGGCCACGAACCUCUCAACACUGCAAUCCACAUUGUCAACAUCUGGCGCGGGAGCAACAGGUGCAGGAACUGGAUCUGGUGGAGCAGCCGCAGCUGAUGCCUACAAAAUGGUGCACCAAAGCAACGAGGAUGCCAUGAACAAGAUUCCACUCAAGUCGGCCGGCGGCCUGGACUCGGAUGAGGAGAAGAAUGCGGGCGAGCUUAUGCAGGACACCGCCGCCGCCGAGGAGGCGCGACGCGAGCAGAUGCGUGCCAACGUCCUGGCCUGGAUGAAGAAACUAACCAUCGUGCUAAUCUGCUUCAUUGGAAUCGCCCUGAUCAGCUACGUGAUCAUCAGCCUAUGUUUCAGUGACUGGCCAAAAUCGACACCAAAUAGAAACAGCACAACAACAACAACAACAACAACGACGACAACUUCAACAACAGAGGCAACCUCAGUAGCAGCAGUAAUUGCAACAACAUCAGCAACAGUCGCCGCAGCAGCAGCAACUAUUGAAACUUCAACAACAAUUGCACCAACAACAAUUAGCACCAGCACAACAACAACAAUAGCAACAACAACAACUACACCACCACCACCACCACCACCACCAAUAGCAACAACAACAACAACAACAAGCAGAACAAAUAGCAAUCCCAGUUCCACACUUAAAACAUUUACUUCAACAGAUGAGCAGCAACAGGAGCAGGAUCAUGAUCAGGAACGAGGAGGAAAUAUUGGUAACCUGAAUCUACCCACCAUGGCCAGUACUCCGGCGGACGAUGCCCUGCCCAGUGUGGCCGCCUCGACAGCAGCAAUCACGGAUCAGAUACGCAUCGAUACGAGCGAUGAGUUUGAGUCGAUACUGGGUGUCUAUCAGCAUGGAGCGGUCAGCUCCGAUAAUCUCGAGUGCAGCAAGAUUGGCCGUGACAUCCUUCAAAAGAACGGCAGCGCUGUGGAUGCGGCCAUUGCUGCGCUGCUUUGCAACGGUCUGCUGACCAUCCAGAGCAUGGGCAUCGGUGGCGGUCACCUGAUGAACGUUUACAUUCGCAGCGAGCGCCAUGCCACGGCCAUCGAUGCCAGAGAAGUGGCUCCGUAUGCCGCCGAGAUGGAAAUGUUUGACCAGCAGCCAGAGAAGUCCUACAAGGGUCCACUGAGCAUCGCUGUGCCCGGGGAGGCGAUGGGCUACCACGUGGCCCACCAGAGAUUUGGCCAAUUGCCCUGGUCAACUUUGGUGGCACCGUCUCUGGAGCUAUGCGAGAAGGGAUACCAUGUGUCGCAGCACAUGGAGCGAGCCCUGCAUGCCGCAUGGCCGCACAUCAAGGAGCACGAGCAGUACCAGAUCUAUCUGAACCAGGAGACGGGCAAGCCGCAUAGCGCUGGCACGAUGGUCAAGCCACCGAAAAAUCUCUGCGAGACAUACAAGCUUCUGGCGGAGAAUGGACCCAUGGAUCUGUACAAUGGCACUCUGGCAAAGCUGCUGGCCGACGAUUUGCGCGAUGUGGGUAGCAUUGUGACGGCCGAUGAUCUUUCGUACUACGAGGCCGAUGAGAUCAAUUCCAUUACAAUGGAGCUGGGAGAGGAUACGUUGUAUGUCCUGCCCCCGGUUAGUUCCGGCUCCCUGGUGGCCCAUACUCUAAGCAUCCUGCAGGGCUAUAACUUCACCACAGCGGAUCUGGCCACGGAGGAGCUGCGUGCACGUACCAUCCACCGCUUUGCGGAGGCCCUGAAGUUUGCCUUUGCCCAGCGAUCUGAGCUGGGCGACAUGCAUUUCAUCGAUGCCCGGGAGCUGGUCAGUCGUCUGAAUAGUCCGGAGUUUGGAGACCAGAACAGGGCCAAGAUCAAUGACUCUCACGUGCUGCCGGAUCCGCAGGCUUAUGGCGCUCAGUAUGGCACCAAUGACGAUCCCGAUGGCACUUCCCAUUUGGUGGUGCUGGCGCCCAACGGUGACGCUGUCUCUGUGACCAGCUCCAUUAAUUCCUACUUCGGUUCCGGCCUGAUUGGCUCCCGCACGGGAAUCGUGCUGAACAAUGGCAUGAACGACUUCGCCGUGGAGAACAACUUCUUUGGAUUGCCCAAAUCGGCGGCGAAUACCAUUGAGCCGCACAAGAGACCCAUGUCCUCGCAAUCGCCCAUCCUGCUGGCGGAUAAGCAGGGAGACAUGCGCCUGGUUAUUGGAGCAGCCGGCGGCAGUAAGAUCAUUCCGGCCGUGGUUGAAGUGGCCGCCAAAGUGCUUUGGUUCGGCGAGGAUCUCCGAGCGGCUGUGAGUGCGCCCCGCUUCUAUCAUCAACUACUGCCCGAUGUCCUGGAGUACGAGGAAGAGGGAUUUUCGGACUCGCUGCUGCAGCUCCUUACCCAAAGGGGUCACCGGUUAAAGCCCAUUAGCAAGACUAAGGGUUCGGUGGUUUCAGCCAUUUCCAGAAAUGCCACCGCCAUCUAUGCGAAUGCCGACUACCGUAAGCGCGGCGGAGUGGCGGGCUUCUAGGAUGUCCCAAAGGAUUCAAAGGAAGUCUGUGCGUUCAUCCACACACACACACACAGUCACACGCAUCACACACAAACACACACACAGACGCACACACACCACGCACACACGACCCUCAUUGAGAUUAGAGAGUGGUGGAGUCGAUCAAUUCGCAUCACGCAAAAGUAUUUAAGCUAGCUAUGUCUUUUUUACAUACUAUGUAUAUCGUACGUUAUAUAAAUUUAUAUGCUACUACCUAACUACUACCGUAUACAAAAUAAAAACAAACAACAAA